AUGCACGUACCACGAGAAGAGGAUGGUAACAAUUUCGGUGUUGAAGUCCAGGCUCAGUUCAAUGCAAAAUUGGGUGAAUAUCUGAAAUGGUGUGAUGACACUCAAGACGAGAAUAAGGUCUAUCAUCAGGCUCGAGCUGAGAUUAUUCGGCAGAUGGAGUUUGAGAGAGCUGUGGAGGAAAGAGAAACUGUAUGCGAAAAAGAGGGCAAA